CUUAGUUCGCGUUUAAACGCAACGCGUGAGUGACGCGUGUAUAACGUUCAAUUAAAAUAUUCAAAUAAAUAGAAUAAGAUCUUUAUAAUAAGUAAAUUAUCAAUAAAAAACAAGUGCUGUGCUUAAAAUAGUGUUAAAUAUAGUUUUAUGUGAAACACAUCAGGGAAUAUAAGAAAAUGCUGUUCUACUUUCUACUAUUGGGUUCAACCCUCGCGUACCCUCAAGUGUCGAUAAAACCAGACGUCCUGAUCGAUGUGUUCGGUACACCGCCCACAACCAAGAAAGUACCAGGACUUGAAGAUAUAACAGUGCGACCAACCGAUAGUACAUCUAUGUUCGUCGACAGUAACGGCGAUGCAUGCAAAUGUGUACCGUAUUACUUAUGUGAUACAAACUUAAAUGCCGUGGAUGCGUACAACGAGACUGUCACUGGUGCUUUCAAGCUGGAUAUCAGAUUCGGGGUUGACGAGUGUCAGGAAAGUGUGGAACGAUGCUGCAAGGAUCCGAAGCCCCCACAGCCACCACCGAAGCCCGACGCCAAGAACUUAAAAGGCUGUGGCUACAGGAACCGUAAAGGAAUCGACUUCAGCGUCACUGGGGGCUCCGGUGCGGAGGCACAGUUCGGUGAGUUCCCAUGGGUGGUGGCACUCCUGGAUGCAGUGAAUGGACGCUACGCGGGUGUUGGAGUCCUCAUACAUCCCCAAGUCGUCAUGACAGGCGCACACAUUGCUUACAAAUUCCAGCCUGGUGCUUUGAAGAUCAGAGCUGGUGAAUGGGACACACAGACGAACAAGGAGCGUCUGCCUUCACAGGAAAGGAUAGUACAGGACAUUUUCAUACAUCCAGAAUUCCAUUCGAAGAGUCUACGUAAUGACUUAGCACUCCUCUUGCUGAAGGAGCCAGUGGAUCUAGCAGAUCAUAUUAACGUCAUCUGUCUGCCGACACAGGAUGAACUGUUUGAGACUAGCAAAGACUGUGUUGCUAACGGCUGGGGUAAAGAUAGCUUUGGUCAAAAAGGUCGUUAUGCAGUUAUAUUGAAGCGUGUUGAAGUAAACAUGGUGCGACAUGAUACUUGCGCUGCGAUACUGAAGUCAACACGACUCGGGUACAACUUCAGACUGCACGAUAGUUUUGUAUGCGCCGGUGGGGAAGAAGGCAAAGAUACUUGUCAGGGUGAUGGUGGAGCACCAUUAGCUUGUCCUAUAGGCGAUGACAGAUAUAAGCUGACAGGUUUAGUCGCGUGGGGUAUCGGUUGUGGGGAGAAAGGAGUUCCAGCUGUUUAUGUCAACGUGUCAAAAUAUCGCGCCCUUAUUGACAGCAAGAUGGCGGCAUGGGGUUUCGAUACAAGUGCCAAUAAUGUUUGAAAUAUAACAGAUUAUUUGGAUGCAUUAAAUAAAACAACAUUAUUUAUGUAAAAAUAAACUGA